AUGCACACCCGCCCCCUCCUCCACACCGACAUCCCCCAAAUCGCCACAAUCUCCUACACCGCCUACACCGACGACAAACUCUACCACUGGCUACACCCGGGCCUAAAGCAGUACCCGCAGGACUAUCGCCGCAGCCGCAUCAACAGCUUACGCGCACGUCUGGUUCGGCCGGGCUGUCAUGGGUUUGUUGUUGUCGAUGGUGAUGGUGGGGAGGUGGUGGGGUAUGCAUUUUUCAUGAGGGUGGCUGGGGGUGUGGAGGAUGAGGGGGCGAAGAACUCGAACGCACCCUCCUCUCCCUAA